CCAGCUGGGCCAGUGUUUACAGCUGUGGGACGCGGCGGGGAGGAAGAAGGGGAAGGCCGGCUGGAGGAGGAGGAAGGAGGACAGAAUUGAUUUUGGAAUCCAUUAGCGUGGACGAUGGGAGGUGCCGUGAGUGCAGGAGAGGAUAACGAUGAGUUAAUUGACAACCUGAAAGAGGCUCAGUACAUCCGGACGGAGUUGGUGGAGCAGGCCUUCCGGGCCGUCGACCGGGCAGACUACUACCUGGAGGAGUUUAAGGACAACGCUUACAAAGACUUGGCUUGGAAGCAUGGGAACAUUCAUCUCUCUGCUCCGUGUAUUUACUCUGAAGUCAUGGAAGCUUUGGAUCUGCAACCUGGGCUUUCCUUCUUGAACCUGGGCAGCGGCACCGGCUAUUUGAGUUCCAUGGUUGGGCUCAUCCUGGGUCCUUUUGGUAUCAAUCACGGUGUGGAGCUCCACUCUGACGUUAUAGAAUACGCCAAGCAAAAACUGGACAUCUUCAUCAAAACGAGUGACAGUUUUGACAAGUUUGAAUUCUGCGAGCCUUCCUUUGUCACCGGCAACUGUUUAGAGCUCUCUCCGGAAUGCACCCAGUACGACCGCGUGUACUGUGGUGCCGGCGUCCAAAAGGAACACGAAGAUUACAUGAAGAGUUUGCUGAAAGUCGGCGGCGUCCUCGUCAUGCCGUUGGAGGAAAAGCUGACUAAGAUAACGCGAACUGGCCCUUCUGCCUGGGAGACCAAGAAGAUUUUGGCGGUUUCCUUUGCUCCUCUGAUCCAGCCCAACCAUGCAGAUUCGGGAAAGUCGAAACUUGUUCAUUUGCCACCCGUGAUGGUCCGCAGCCUUCAAGACCUGGCCCGCAUCGCUAUCCGCAGCACCAUUAAAAAGCUGAUACACCAAGAAGCGGCUGGCCGAAGCGGAAACGGCCUCAGGAACCCACCACGGUUUAAGCGAAGGCGUGUCCGGCGCCGCCGCAUGGAAACCAUCGUCUUCUUGGACAAAGAGGUUUUUGCCAGUCGGAUCUCCAACCCUUCCGACGAUAACAAUUGCGAGGAGUUUGAGGAAGAGAGCAGGGAGGAGGUCGAAAGAGUCCCCGAACUGAAGCCCGAACCUCCCGUAAACAUCCUGCGAGAAAGGGUCCUAAGCCUACCUUUGCCUGACCCGCUGAAAUAUUACCUGCUUUAUUACAGAGAGAAAUAAAGUGCUUUGUCGGCGUGAAACGAGAGGUAGGCAGGACAAUGAAACGCUCAGUAGGGCUUGACAAAUGUACGCCACUUGCUUGCAUGGUGUAAGCUGGCCAGGGAAUGUGGCUGCCGUGUACCUAAAACGUGAUCGCAUUUUUCAGAUUCCUUCCCUCGGUUUAUGUGCUCUAGUUUUUGUCCUACAGCCGAGCUUCCUUGGGUGGGGGUGGGGGAAAGGGGCAGGCUGUCCACAAAACGUUCAACUGUGUUCUGAAAUGAAGAUUUCGUUCAGUAGAGGGGGGGAACGUUAAAAAAAAAAACACCCCGGUGUCUUUGCUGAGACUUCCGUGGAUCUCUCAGCUGCGUUUUUGGCAAACAGCAGUUUUCUAAACUUGUACUAAGCUGCGCCUCUAAAUGAGUCGCUUGACUCGGAAAGUGGAAAGCAGCAGUAUUAGCAGCAUUUGACCCGGGAAGCUGAGUCUCUUCCCAAUGCCCACAGGAAAGCACAAUAUUAGCGACACACACACACCAGAGUUGGGAGGAUUUGGUAUCUGUUGAAUGCAAAAUCAACACUUUUUUUUGUCAUCAAGGACUCGAUCCUUAAGGCAUCAAUAAUUAUUUUUUUAAGAAAACAGCUUUCUUUAGGAGAAUUCGUGUUUGAUACAUGACUGAGAUACUAUGUGAGGUUCAAAAACAAACAGCAGCUCAAAAGACUUCGGUGUUGGUCAUCCAAAAACGUACUCAUUUCCUCUGUCUGGUGACACUGUUGCCUGAAAAUCUAGGCAGAGAAGCGUAGGGGAAAGAAACUUCAGGGGAUGGUUCUUCAAAGUUUGUGGGUUUGUUGUGCGAGGGCUGCACCAGGUGUGUGAUGUGGACAGGUGUUUUUUUUCCUAAUUGGAGCAAAGGUAGAUUCCCUUUUCUCAGUGUACCCCCAAGAAACUGGAACCAAAACCACCAAAUUUGGGGGCACAGUUUUGACACUGUCCCUAUUGGGGCCUUUGCCGCAGCCCGGGGCACUAGAAAUCUCUUCUUGUAGGUUUUGUGAAGAAGAGAGAGAUAAUUACAGCCUAAUUCAACUUAAUUUGAUUUUCACCCCGUUCAGCAGUUACACACUGUAAGCUUGAUGAGUGAACAGAGAACUUUUAAAUCGUUCUGUGGAACGUCCACUUGAACCCUUUCUUGGAUGUCGGUGAACCAUUCUUAGCCUAGGAAUUAGUGGUAGGAAGAGAAAGAGGAGGAGAAGUCUUUCUGAAGUUCGCAGAUUUUCCUCUCCCUUGAAACAUUUGGAGGGUGGGGGAGCAUGAAGGGUUCCUCUCCAAAAUACUGUUUCCAUUAUGUAGGAAGAGAUGUCUCCAUUGGAAAUGCUCCACUGGGAUUGUAAGUUUCCAUCUCGUCAGCCUCGUCUCCUGUACUUGCAAGUGAAGGUUGUCUUCCGUUAGAAUCUGCUGUGUUUCUCCCAUCUGUAUAUGUAAAUCCACCCAUAAGGAUACAGGAAUUGGUCUUGUCCAGGCCUGUGGUGUAAAACGUGGCCUCCCCCAGUGGAGCAGUCGCCACGUACUCAAUCUGCCAGAAGUGUGGCAGUCUCUUUGUUUUUGUGGUUCACCUGGGGCCACCUGCAGCCCAGGAAUUAUAUGGUGAAAAGGGCUCUAUACGUUCGGCUGUUCCGCUCACAUUCACGAUUGACUAAUCACCUGUCGCUUUCAAAUCCUAAUUUUGUACCUGCGAGUUCGAAAUAGAUUUUCUCUGUCAAGUUAAAAGCUGCAAAGUGAAGCGCACCACUGGCUUUUAAAACCCUUGUGUACCAUUUGGCCUCUUAGUAACAAUGCUUUAAACCACUAGAAUCUUCUAACUCUAUCCGAAACGUCCAUAUACUGCGGCAGGCUUGUUGGUUCUGCUGGCCCAGUAUUAUCUGCUGUAAUUGGCAAUAAGUUUCCUGGCAUGUGCUUUUCCAGUGGCAUGAGCAGGGCUUUUUUAUUUUCCACACAGCAAUUUGUAGGCGAAGCUAACCAGUUGCCAUCCAAUUUGAUUUUUUAAAAAUAAUAAGUUGAAUUUUAGACAUCCGCAGGAAAUCUCUUAGUAAAGGGAUUGUUUAACUUCUCUUUUCCCAGAACGUUACCAAGGACAUUUGGAGAGGGUGUUUUCUCCAUUCGUUUUGUUCCUACUUUAAUUAAAUUGGGUACCUGGUGGAUUAAAAUAGACACCCCCCUUUUUAAUUGGUUUGAAAGAGAACAUGUUCAGGCAAUUGUGAUCUGUCUAGUUUUGUCCUAUUAUCGAAACACAAAAAAAGGUAGCAUCAGUGUGCUUCCGUGUGCGCACAGUGAAACUGUUAAAUAAGUUAGAUUGUAGUAGUGUGACAGAAGGAGGAUUUGUCAGUAUUCCUACACACCAGCACUUACACACUGUUUAAACCAGCCAGUAGAUGUUCUUAGUACACUAAUUGUAUCUAUCGAGAUUAUUUUCUGUGAAGUCUGUAAACUUUCUCCCUGCCCUCCGCAACUGUGUACUUUUUGCAGUUCACGUUGUCUGCAGUUUUAGGCCUCGCGUGGUUAUUCCAUAGCUUUUGAUAGGAUUGCCCAGUUGGCCCGUGAGCAGAAAAACGCUUUCCUCCAGAGGUUUUGCUUCGAUACGGUAAUGGAAGGUGUACAUAUCUGUUAGAGAUGAAGAUGGAAGAAAACCACUUUCUGAGGCAUGGAGAAAUGGCAGAAGCAAGUGAUUUUUUAAAAAAUAAAUAAAUAAAUACAAAUUUUA